AUGACAGGCCAUUGUGACGAAGAGGAAGAGCAUUCACGUCGACCACAAGAAAACCCGAGGAGGCGUUUCGCGUCGCUCCCCGACGACGACCCCUUGCCACUUCAGCGCGAACAAGCAGAGAACAGCGACUCAGAUACCUUGACAAGGGAACCGACAAAUCCGGCUCUUUCCAAUCUGCCAGAUGAUACAACCCCUCAAGAAAAAGAUCAUUUGCCUGAGCCACACUCCUCUCAACAAGAGCGCGUGCCGGUUGUUGAUAACCAAGAGGGAUUUCACACAGCUGUAAAUCGCUCGCAAUCUCCACCAUGUCCACGAGAAGAGCGUAGUCCUGCUCGUGAUGGCCUUGAGGACACAACGCAUCGCCCCUCUGUCCCACAACAGCUGCAGUCUGCAGUCGUUACUGACGUAUCACCCAACAAAGGACAAGAGUUGCUCGCAGAGUACGCAAGAUUACGCCGACUGCCCAUUCUCAGUAUCGACCUAAACACGUACGAUAGUCAACUUCAGUUCUUGGCCAUGAUGCAAGAUUUUGCUUCAUGGAUGGCUUCCAAUGGUGGCAGCAUACAACGCGGAAAUCUCGGUCUUGAAAUACCUCAUCUUGCAGCAGUCUUCUACCCCCAAUACGAGGGCUUAAACACGUUGAUCAUGUCUAAGUGGUCGACUCAGGUCCCAACCCCGAUACAAGGUCGCUUGGAUCGUGUCUUCAGUCCCGGAGACAUGUUCUGGUUCCGCACUUCCGAGUAUGCGGCGAACCCCAAACAGCAGUUGGGCGACAAAUGUGGCUUAACUGCUCGUGGACUCAUGCUCUCAGGCUGGAGACUUAUCCUAGUUCUGAAAGUCCUCCCGAAUGUGCUACUAUGCACCUGCGGCCGAACUGCUGGGGACAGUGAUUUGAGCAAGACCAAUCGCAGGGAUCGAUGGUAG